CGUGGGAGAGUACGAAUCAACUGAUAUGUUUAUUGUCUGGAGUGACAAUGCUAUACUUCGUUGUGAUACGUACUAUUACCGAUGGAACUUUGUGUCAAAAUCUGUAAUAAACGAAGUAGAAGGGGUGACUGGUUGUCUUUUGAUGAAACGAGUGAUUGAUAUAACAAAAACCGAUCCUCAAGUGUUGACCUGGGCUAUAACAAGAAUGGCAGAUCGUUUCAAUAACGCGGCAGAAGAGAAACCAGGUGACUCUGAAGAUGUCAUUAAUGAAGCGUUAAAAGUCUUGAAGAAUGUCGUGACAUUUCACCUGUGA